AUGAUCAUCAGGAACAUAGGUAUUAGGCGGUGCACCCGUAGACUCCUAUCAACCAAUAUCAGGGACGAAUCUUCAACCAAUACCAAUCAUGCUAUCUCCAAUAAACAGUUGCUUUACACAACAGACGCAGCUUCACCUGGAUCGAUCUUUUUUUUACCACAUGGAACCAGAAUACUAAACAAACUAAUUCAGUUUAUGAAGAACCAGCAAAUAAAGUAUGGAUUUCAGGAAGUCGUCACCCCGUUGAUAUUCAAGACUAAGUUGUGGAAGAAAUCAGGACAUUGGGAUAAUUACAAGGACGACAUGUUCAAAGUCGUUGGGUUUGACAUGUCAAAGGAAGAGAUCCCGCAUGAAUCCAUAGAAGAACACGAGUAUGGGUUAAAGCCAAUGAACUGUCCGAGCCACUGUAUGAUCUUUGCCAAAUUUGAUCGUAGUUACAAUGAAUUGCCGGUAAGAUAUUCCGAUUUUAGUUCAUUGCAUAGAAACGAAGCCAGUGGUGCGUUAAGUGGCUUGACAAGGGUACGUAGGUUCCACCAAGAUGAUGGACACAUAUUCUGCAAUGUCAGUCACAUUGACCAGGAGAUAAAAAAUACUUUGGAUUUGAUCAAAAACACCUAUGGUGUGUUUGGAAUCAAUGAGGUUGAGUAUUACUUGUCCACGCGACCAGAUAAGUAUAUUGGCGAAAUUGCAACCUGGGAUGAGGCAGAAACCCAAUUAAAAAAGGUGUUAGAUGCAAGCACGGAAACAGGCAGCUGGCAGAUUAGGGAAGGUGAUGGAGCAUUUUAUGGCCCAAAGAUUGAUGUUCUUUUGACGGACGCAUUUGAUAAAAAGCACCAAGUUGGCACAAUUCAAUUGGACUUUCAAUUACCAAAGCGAUUUGAUUUGAAAUAUGUUGCUGAGGAUGGGUCAAGAAACAACCAGCCCAUUCUUAUCCACAGAGCCGUGUUUGGGUCUUUGGAAAGAUUUUUUGCCAUUUUAUUGGAUCAUUAUCAAGGAAAGUGGCCGUUUUGGAUAAACCCCAGACAGGCAGUGAUUAUACCUAUUAAUGAGUCACAUAUCGAAAAGGCAGAAGAAUUACAGCGUAAAUUAUGUGGAGAUAUUAUUAACUCGCAAGAUGAAAUAUCUCCCUUAACUGGGUUUAACUUUCACGUUGAUGUUGAUAAGAGGGCGGCAACUGUUGGACACAGGACUAAAGAGGCUAUCCAGAGUGGGUAUUCGUAUAUUAUCUUGAUCGGAGAUAAAGAUAUUGCGAAUGGGACUUUUUCAAUUAGGUCCAGAGAUGAUCGAAAAGUUUCAAACUUGACAGGUGAAGAAAUUUAUCACAAGUUUAUAGACUUGGAAAGGAGUUAUCAGUAA